AUGGCGACGGGGGUUGCCGCGGCGGCGGCGCCGCACGAUGGUGCGGCGGGGGCGGGGACGGUGGAGGAGCAGCAGGCGGCGGGGGUGGGGAUCCUGCUGCAGAUAUCGAUGCUGGUGCUCUCGUUCGUGCUCGGCCACCUCCUCCGCCGCCGCAAGUUCUACUACCUCCCUGAGGCCAGCGCCUCCCUCCUCAUCGGGAUGAUUGUUGGAGGUCUGGCAAACAUAUCAAAUACUCAGAAAAGUACUAGGAGAUGGUUUAAUUUUCAGGAGGACUUCUUCCUUCUCUUCCUACUACCUCCAAUUAUAUUCCAGUCCGGAUUCAGCUUAGCACCAAAACCAUUCUUUUCGAACUUUGGUGCUAUCAUAACAUUUGCAAUCCUGGGAACCUUCAUCGCCUCCAUUGUUACAGGUCUUCUAGUCUACCUUGGUGGAUUGAUAUACAUUGUCUACAGGCUGCCUCUGGUCGAAUGUAUGAUGUUUGGUGCUCUUGUGUCAGCAACUGAUCCUGUAACUGUGCUGUCUAUAUUUCAGGAACUUGGCACUGAUACGAAUCUCUAUGCGCUAGUUUUUGGAGAAUCAGUUCUAAAUGAUGCUGUGGCUAUAUCCUUGUACAGGACUAUGGUAUCUAUGAGGACAAAUUCUUCCGGCCAGAACUUUUUGCUUGUUAUUUUGAGAUUUCUCGAGAACUUUGUCGGUUCAAUGUCAUCAGGCAUUGGUGUUGGAUUCAUUUCUGCUCUCCUCUUCAAGUAUGCAGCACUGGGCGUUGAGAACCUUUAUAACAUGGAGAGUUGCUUGUUUGUGCUUUUCCCAUACUUCUCGUACAUGCUAGCUGAAGGUGUUGGUCUGUCCGGCAUUGUUUCUAUUCUCUUCACCGGGAUUGUGAUGAAGAGAUACACAUUCUAUAACUUAUCAGAAGAGUCUCAGCGUUUUACUGCUCGCUUUUUCCAUCUUCUUUCAUCAUUGGCAGAAGCUUUCGUGUUCAUAUACAUGGGAUUCGAUAUUGCAAUGGAACGUCAAAGCUGGUCACAUAUUGGAUUCAUAUUUUUCUCAAUUAUCUUCAUAUUAGUUGCAAGGGCUGCAAAUGUCUUUUCUUGCUCAUACAUAAUGAAUUUGGCACGCCCACCCCAGUGCCAAAUACCUAGGCAGUAUCAGCUAGCUCUCUGGUAUAGUGGGCUUAGAGGGGCUAUGGCUUUUGCUCUUGCUCUUCAGUCUGUUCAUGACCUUCCUGCUGGACAUGGCGAGACAAUAUUCACUGCUACCACAUCUAUUGUUGUUCUAACAGUACUUCUGAUCGGAGGCUCAACUGGAACCAUGCUUGAAGCCCUACAAGUAGUUGGGGACAGCAAUCGUUAUCACCAUCCGUAUGAGGAGAAUUCUGAUGGGAACAAUACUGGUUACAUGGGACAACAUUAUGAUGAAGGAACAUCCAGUUCAAAUAAAUUCAGACUGAAACUCAGAGAGCUAAGGAGAAGCACUUCCUCUUUCGCUUUACUGGACAAAAAUUACCUUACUCCCAUUUUUACCUCUCAAACUGGGGACGAUAACGAUGAUGCUGAGGAUGAUCCCAACGAAGCAUUGACGAUAUCUGGAGGGCCUAGAGAUUUGGAGGGACAUGAUUAACGGCUGCGGAUAUGAAGUGAUCAGCUUCUAGAGUUUACACAGCACCUAUCAAAGCGAGUGAAAGUGCAAUU